AAGUUCAAAAAAAAAUAAAAAAACAAGAGCUUUAACAUGCUUUUUUUUUUUGCCUCCUCUUGAUCUCGGCUCUACCACUAUAAAUAGACUGUCCAACACUUCCAUAAUCUUCCACCACAAAACAUUAUACACAUAUCUCAUAAGAAAAAUACACAAAACAUCUAUCAGAUUUAUAAUUUACAAACUACAGUUAAACUUCUUUCAAAAGCAAGAUGCCUACAAUGUUAACAGACGUCUUUAGAGGCCAUCCCAUUCACCUCCCACACUCUCACCAACCUGACUUCACAUCCCUCAGUGAGCUCCCUGAUUCUUACACAUGGACCCCCAAAGACGAUCCCCUCUUGGACGCCGCUCCUUCCCCUCCGGCCGCAAGUGAAAACAUCCCUCUCAUUGACCUGAACCAUCCUGACGCGGCCAACCAAAUCGGCAGCGCAUGUAGAACUUGGGGUGCGUUCCAGAUCGCGAACCACGGCGUGCCUUUGGAACUUCUCCAAGGCAUUGAGUUUCUCACCGGUAGUCUUUUUCAGCUACCUGUCCAACGCAAGCUUAAGGCUGCUCGGUCGGAGACAGGCUUCUCUGGCUACGGCGUCGCUCGUAUCUCAUCUUUCUUCAAUAAGCAAAUGUGGUCGGAAGGUUUCACCAUCACCGGCUCCCCUCUCAACGACUUCCGUAAACUUUGGCCCCAACAUCACCUUAACAACUACUGCGACAUCGUUGAAGAGUACGAGGAACAAAUGCAAAAGUUGGCAUCCAAGUUGAUGUGGUUAUCGCUAACUUCACUUGGCGUCAGCGAAGAAGACAUUAAAUGGGCCAGUGCUAAUCCAGAUUUAAACUGGGCCCAAUCCGCCCUCCAGCUAAAUCACUAUCCGGUUUGUCCUGAACCGGACCGGGCCAUGGGUCUAGCUGCCCAUACCGACUCCACUCUCUUAACUAUUCUCCAUCAGAACAAUACCGCUGGACUCCAAGUAUUUCGUGAUGAUCUAGGUUGGGUCACCGUGCCACCGGUUCCAGGCUCCCUCGUGGUCAACGUCGGUGAUCUCUUCCACAUCUUAUCGAAUGGACUGUUUAAGAGCGUGCUACACCGCGCUCGGGUUAACCAAACCAGAUCCCGGUUAUCAGUAGCUUUCCUUUGGGGACCACAAUCUGAUAUCAAGAUAUCACCCGUACCAAAACUGGUUAGUCCUGUUGGAUCGCCUCUAUACCGAUCGGUCACAUGGACAGAGUAUCUUAGAACAAAAGCAACUCACUUCAAUGAAGCUCUUUCAAUGAUUAAAAAUGACAUAGAUGAAUAACAAACAGUUUCAUGAGAUUAUAAUAAUUUGUUAUCGGCCAAUUAAUUUGAUUAGAAGAAAAUGUUGUAAAUUAGUAUUCUAUUAAUAUCCUUGUUUGUCUUUAA